UUUUCGAUUCAGAUUGUCAUCAUCUUAAUAAUCAAUCUUUCUCUCUCAUUUUCAAUUAAAGAGAAGAUAAAAUGAGAACAAAAUAAAAAAGUCGUUUUAAGAAUAAAAGCCAGGAUACUUUACUUUAGAAAUAUAUUUCAUACACCUGAACGGUACAUGCGAACCGGUACGUCGAAUCUUUCGACACUUCGUUCCGCUUGCAAAGAUCGAAGAAGGAAAUGAAUGCCUAUUGUUCCCGAUCAAGUCGUAUCGUCCUUGACCCCCGCAAUCAUAGUUCAUUCGACGAACAAUCGAAUAAAUCUGCAAUCGGUUCUCAUCGCGCGCAAAGAGACUGCCACGAGACUGGCUGGUUCGUCGGCUACGUCAGUAUUUAUCCCUUCCCGAAGAGAAGGUGAGAUGUCUUCGAGGUCUUUUUAGAAAUCGGUGGUAAAUGCGUUAGUCUACCGGUUGCUCGGCUCAGUAAGAAACAGAGAUGCUGUGCAACAAGAUCGAUCUUGCGUUCGUGCUUGGUUUGCUCGCGUUUGUACACGGGAUGCCUGCGGAUAGUCAGAGCAACGAGAGGCCUCCGCUGAUUCAGUUCACCAACGGUGGCAUCCGAUUCAAUUUCGCGGGCUACCAUGCUGCGGCCGGGUUAGGUGGUCUUUUAACCGGGUCGAAUACAGGUGGUGGUCUCCAUGCCAGCGUAGGGACGCCAUGGGGAGGCCACGCGGCCGCAGGUUUGGGCGGGACACUGAAUGGCGACAAUGCGAAUGCUGGGGGAGGGCUUUACGCAAGAGCCGGGCUUGGGAACGGAAGACACGAAGCCGCGGCCGGAUUAGGCGGCUUGCUGGACGGAAGUGGAAGGUCGGCACCCGUUAGGGGAGGCCUGUACGCCGGUGCCACCACCGGAACCCAUGGACUCGGAUUCACAGCUGGAGAAAUACCUAGAGAUUUGUUCGGUGCUAGACCUAGUAAUGGGCCGAAUAAUGGACCUAGUAAUGGACCUAGUAACGAAUCUAAUAAUGGACCUAAUAAUGGACCGAAUGAUGGACCAAACGAUAGAAAAGAUGAGGAAGGAAGUAACGGGAAAGGGCGUACCUCGCAUAUUCAAAUAAUCUCUCGUUCGGAAAAGAACUCGAAAAAGAAGAAUGAAAUAUCUACGGAGACUCCGAAACAAGAAGUUGAUUCUUCGUCGAGUAAAGAGGUACGUGAAGUAUUGCCCAUCGAGCCGGCACCUCUCGUCCAAUUAGCCCCUGCUUUACCCAACGAGGCGAACGAAAUCGUACAAGUUGAUGUUCUUCCUCAUCGAGGCAGAUUCUUUCAGAGAAAAAGGCUGAGGGGGUCUAGAAAAAAGGUUAUAGAAGAGAAUACGGGAGAGGAUCAAAACAACUUGAAUAUUCAAAAGCGUCAGACAAUUUAUUACUCGGAUAAACCUGAUCCUUCGGACAAAGUUAUGACAAUACCCAGUGGGAACAAUAGUGGCUUCUUCGAUGAUAUUUUUCAGAUACCAAUAUCAACGCUGAACGCUGUAAACCGGUUUUUAAACAAUAGUUCUGGUUAAUUUAACUUUCGUGUAAAUGUUCAUUUCUCGUAUUUUAUAUUUACAAUUAACGAUAAUGAAAUAUAAUUAUUUCAAGAGAAUGAUAGAUGAUAAUUCCUUAAGAAAGUUUCUUAAUAAAAUAUAUUAUAAAUAUAAUUAUUAGUCUUGCGAUUUUUAUUCUCGGCAUGUAAAAUUUAUCAUAAAUCGAUUCGAAGUUAUUCUUUCAUUCUGAAUUUCAUAUUAUUAAUAAAAAUACUGGUCGAUUGUUAUUAUUUCUAUACAUUGUACGUAAUAAAUAUGUGUACAUCUGAUUAAAUAAAUUUCUUAUCUGAUUCGACGUUACAUUAUA